UAACAUAUGUUGACUACAUUGCGUCAGGGAGACCGUUGAAGUGUUUCGAGCAGUACAUCCGCCAACACGUUCUGCCCACCUACUCCAACACCCACACAGAAGUCAGCUACAAUGCCCAGCAGACGUCUCUGUUUCGAGAGGAAGCCCGAAACAUUAUCCGGGAGUGCGUUAACGCCAUGGAUGACGAUGCGGUGAUUUUCACCGGAAGUGGUGCUACGGCAGCCAUCAACAAGUUGAUUCACGCCAUGAACCUCAGAACUAUCUUCCAGAGGAAGGGUUUGACCGUCUUUGUUGGACCAUACGAGCACCACUCCAACAUCUUACCCUGGCGGGAGAUCAAAGCGCGC